AUGGCCUUCACUGCAAAUGAGAUGGGCCUGUCGGCGGGCAACGCAUUUGCCAACAACUUUCUCGUCUUCACCCAGGAUGGUGACGAGCCCAUGGUCGAAGGGGUGUGGCCGUCCGUCACGAUAGAGACCCGCAAGAAGAGAGCCCAUCGCAAGUCGAGGAAUGGAUGCGCGAAAGGUCAAGGUACGGUUCCCCAGGCCCUUCCUUCUAUGUCGUCUGCCGAUGCCAAAGGCCCCGCCUCUGGACUCCUGCAAAUGACAUAUCAUCAGUGUGACGAAAAGUCGCCUUGUGGACACUGCAUCAAGAGAGGCGAAACAUGUACACGGCCCAGGGUAGCGGCCAAGAAGAUCCUCUCCAUCCCGGAAGCCGGCACGGAAGACGUCCACCUCGACCACGGCAGCCCGUCUCCCAGCGCCGGUCCACACCCAGACGCGCCGGUCAACAUGCUGCACAUGGAGCUCUUCUACCACUUCGUCCAGCACACGGCCCCGACCCUGAGCUACCCCCAGAUAUCAUGGGAGGCUAUCCUCCCGCAAGCUGUCCAGAAAGAGUACCUCCUCAACGCCCUCCUCUCCGUCUCAGCCUCCCACCUCUCCACCCUGCACCCUUCAAGUCCGCACUACGCCCAGGCCUCCCUCUCCCACCUCUCGCAGGCGACCUCGGCCUUCCGCCACCGCCUCGCCGCCGCCGCCGCCGCCGCCGCCGCCACCGCGACCAUCGGCCCCGCCGACGCCGACGCCGACACCGACGCCCUCAUGGCCACCGCCGUCCUCGUCUACUACGCCACCUGGUCCGCCGCCCCGGACCCGACGAGCCCCUUCCUGCUCGCCACGGGCGCCCGGCAGAUCUUCCUCUCCGCCUGGCGGCACUUUGCGGCCUCGCUGCCCACCCGCACCCGCAGCAGCAGCAGCAGCAGUGGCACCGGCGGCGGAGCCUUCUCCCGCGUCAACGUCUUCGGCGACUGCCGCGUCGUCGAGCAGCUCUGCGACGCCCGCGGCGGGCGCUGGCGGCGCACGGCCCGGCGGCUGGCGGCGCUGUGGGACGACCCGCGGUACGCGCGCGACAGAAGCAGAAGCAGGAGCAGGAACAGCAAGGCUUUGGCAGCGAAGGAGGAGGAGGAGGAAGUGAGCCCCACGCCGCCGCCGCCGCCCAGCGUCGGCGCCUACACCGUGUGGAACACGAGCUCCCUGCGCGCGCUGGACCCGGCCGUGUCGGACGUCUUCCUCAGCAGCCUGUCCCUGCCCCCCAGCGCCGACGGCGAGGACAGCGACAGCGACAGCGCCAGCGCCGGCCUGCUCCUCCAGCGCGGCGCCUUCGAGCGCGUGGCGACCCGCGUAGCCGUGCUGACCGAGCUCGGCGCGCACCUCCCCCAGUCCGAGGGGCAAGGAUCAUCAUCACCACUACCAUCAUCAGGAUCAUUCCCCUGGGCCGACGUGGAGAGCUACAUCCUGUCCUCCCCCCUGCUCUGCUUCAGCGAGUCUCUCCCCCUGAUGCUGGCGGGCGACGCGCGCGCCCUGGUCCUGCUGCUGCACCAGGACGCCGCCGUGCGCGCCGUCCUCGCGCCCCGGGCCACGUGGUGGGCUCUGCGCCGGGCCGAGGCCAUGGAGCGCCGGGUCGGCGAGGAGCUGCGCGCGCGGGGCCUCGAGGUAGGUGUGCACCCGGAGGAAGGACGAGGUGACGUGAACCUAACUAACCAAAGUACGUGGGGACCAGUGCAAAGGGAAGGAGAGAGAGAGCUGGACCUGGAUCAAGAAAGUCUGUACUAUAUCUAUAUAUGUAUCUACUCUCUGUAUGAACGAAUCUGA